ACAGGUCGCUUCACACAUACAGACACAAGAUCUAACAUCAGCAUGGUCAACAGCGAUAUCAAUAACAAGAAAAUAACGUAAACACCAAGGAUUUUUAAGGAGUUUAACUUAAAAAAAAUGAAUUCCAUGAUGCUGCGAAUCUUUACAACUGUAAAUAAAUCUCGUCUUCAAAAGAUAAGAAAUUUAAGCUCCACAUCUUCAACCGAUUUUCCCGGUGUGUAUGAUUGUAUUGUAAUUGGUGGUGGUCAUGCUGGAACGGAAGCGUGUGCAGCUUCGGCUCGAAUGGGUGCUAGAACUCUAUUGGUAACACAUAAAUUUGAUACCAUAGGUGAAAUGUCUUGUAAUCCUUCGUUCGGUGGUAUCGGUAAAGGACAUCUCAUGCGAGAGGUGGAUGCUCUCGAUGGCGUAACAGCUAGAUGCUGUGAUAUCUCAGGUGUUCAAUACAAAGUGUUGAACAGACGACGUGGUCCGGCUGUGUGGGGUCCUAGAGCCCAAAUUGACCGUCAACUGUACAAGAAAGCAGUCCAAAAAGAAUUAACUUCCAUGACCAAUUUGGACAUUUGUUAUUCAUCCGUUGAAGAUUUAAUUGUCAGCGAUGCAACGGCAGAUGAAUCAAAUCGAGGUACAAUUAAGUCAUGCCGAGGAGUCAUUCUACCGGACGGCAAGAAAAUAUUUUCGAAAACAGUUGUCAUUACCACUGGCACAUUUCUGAGAGGACAAAUAAAUAUUGGUGCAACAGUACGGCCAGCUGGUCGUAUAGGAGAUGCACCUGCUAUUGGACUUGCUCAAACAUUAGAAUCACUACAGUUUCGCUUGGCUAGACUGAAAACUGGAACACCUCCUCGCAUCAAAGCUUCGUCGAUCAAUUACACACAAUUAGAAGCCCAACUGGGAGACAAUCCUCCGGUGCCGUUUUCUUUUAUGAAUGACAGAGUUUGGUUGAAUACCGAAGAUCAGCUUUGUUGCUACUUAACAUACACCACUGAUGCAAUAAACAAGAUCGUCAAAGACAAUUUACAUGUAAAUCGCCAUGUAACUGAAGAAAUCACUGGUCCACGAUACUGUCCCUCUAUCGAAUCAAAAGUUCUCCGUUUCGGAGAAAAAUCACAUCAGAUUUGGCUGGAACCAGAAGGCUUUAACAGUGAUCUCAUUUACCCAAACGGUUUAUCGUGCACGUUACCUGAAGAGCUUCAAAUUGAGCUAGUUCGAACUAUUCCAGGAUUGGAAAAGGCUGACGUUGCUCGACCAGGCUAUGGUGUUGAGUAUGACUUCGUAGACCCGCGAGAAUUAUUUUCAACUUUAGAAACCAAACGUGUUAGUGGUCUUUUUCUGGCCGGACAAAUAAAUGGGACUACUGGAUAUGAAGAAGCGGCUAGUCAAGGUGUAAUUGCCGGUGCAAACGCUGCGGCAAAGGUACAAAACAAGAACCCUUUGAUCGUCAGUCGAACAGAUGGAUACGUGGGCGUCUUAAUCGACGAUUUGACGAUCCACGGCACUACGGAACCGUAUCGAAUGUUUACCAGCAGGGCUGAAUUUCGACUGACUCUACGACCAGAUAACGCUGAUAUUCGUUUAACAGAAUUGGGCCACAAAAUCGGUUUGGUGUCAGACGAGCGAUAUCGUAGAAUGGUCGAAAUGAAAGAGAACCUCGAACAGGGAAUAUCGUUGUUGAAAUCAAUUUGCAAACCAGCCAAUCACUGGAGAGAUUCAUUGAAAAUAAAAACUGGAGGCAGUAACUUUACCAAAUCAGCAUUUGAAAUGAUGUCGAUUGGUACGGCUGAAAUAGAAGCAGAACACAUAGCUGAUUUAUAUCCGGAGGAACUGGACUGGGUGAAACAUAAUAGCACUCUCUGUAGGCGGUUAAAGAUUGAAUCACUUUAUGAAAUGGCUAUUGUUGGCCAAGCUAAAGAAGUCGAAGAAGUGAGACGUGACGAGAAAAUGAUAAUUCCUUCGACAAUAGAUUAUUUUUCAAAAUCCAUCAGCUUAUCAAAAGAGGAACGGGAGAAGUUGAUAAUGAUUCAACCACAAACUAUUGCUGCAGCUAGUCGGAUACAAGGGGUAACACCGUCAACAGUACUGAGACUUUUGAGAUUUGUAAAGAAAUCAACUCAAGUCGCUGAUUAUGUUUAAUUAAGUCUAAAACAUCUGUUAACAUAGUGAAAACUUGUGCUAAAUACAGACUCACAACAAGGUU